AAUAUUAAUUAAAAAAGAACAAAAAAACUAAAAUAAAAUAAUUGAAUAGAACCUCCAGGUCCAAUAUCAAAUGCAGCUAUUUCAACAACUAAAAAUGGUCUUGCUCAUUGUAAUCAUUUUCAAGUAAAUGAAUCGAUAUGGAAUUUCUUAUAUUCAAUAUAUGGUGGUGGACCUGAAUUAAUUAUUCGACCUAAUUCUACAAUGAAUUCAAAUUCAAAUUCAAAUGUAGAUGAUCAAAUAUCUUCGAGUAAUAAACCUGCAGUGACUUCUGUUUAG